GGCGCGCCCGGGCCCCCGGCCCAGCCCAGAAAAUUCGACCAUGACGACCGAAUCAGGAUCAGACUCGGAAUCCAAGCCGGAGCAGGAGGCCGAGCCCCAGGAGGCGGUGGGGCCGCAGGGGCACGCGGGGGCGCAGCCAGGGCCUCAGGCAGGCCCCGAGCCGGGCACGGAGCCGGGCACGGAGCCGGGCGCUGAGCCAGGCGCCGAGGAGCAGCCCCAGGAGCUGGAGCAGUUUGAGGAGGCAGCAGCACACAGCACGCCUGUGAGGAAGGAGGUCACUGACAAGGACCCGGAGUUGGCAGCCGGACCUGCCAAACAGCUCGAAUAUCAGCAAUUCGAAGACGAUAAACUUUCUCAGAAAUCAUCUAGCAGCAAACUCUCUCGCUCUCCAUUAAAGAUUGUCAAAAAGCCUAAAAGCAUGCAGUGCAAAGUGAUACUUCUGGAUGGAUCAGAAUAUACCUGUGAUGUAGAGAAACGCUCCAGAGGCCAAGUGCUGUUUGAUAAAGUAUGUGAACAUCUGAAUUUGCUAGAAAAAGACUAUUUUGGGCUUACAUAUCGAGAUGCUGAAAACCAGAAGAAUUGGUUGGACCCUGCUAAGGAAAUUAAAAAACAGAUUCGAAGUGGUGCUUGGCACUUUUCAUUUAAUGUGAAGUUUUACCCCCCAGACCCUGCCCAGCUCUCUGAAGAUAUCACCAGGUACUACCUCUGCUUACAGCUGCGUGAUGACAUCGUGUCCGGCAGACUGCCCUGCUCCUUUGUCACCCUCGCCCUGUUGGGCUCCUACACUGUCCAGUCGGAACUGGGAGACUACGACCCAGAUGAGUGUGGCAGUGACUACAUCAGCGAGUUCCGCUUUGCGCCAAACCACACGAAAGAAUUAGAAGACAAAGUCAUCGAGCUGCACAAGAGCCACAGAGGAAUGACACCCGCAGAAGCAGAGAUGCAUUUCUUGGAAAACGCCAAAAAACUCUCCAUGUAUGGGGUAGAUUUACAUCAUGCCAAGGAUUCUGAAGGAGUCGAAAUCAUGUUAGGAGUGUGUGCGAGUGGUUUGCUGAUAUACCGUGACCGACUACGCAUCAACAGGUUCGCCUGGCCGAAGGUUCUGAAGAUUUCAUACAAACGAAACAACUUUUACAUUAAGAUCCGGCCGGGAGAGUUUGAACAAUUUGAAAGCACCAUCGGGUUUAAGCUGCCCAACCAUCGAGCCGCCAAGCGUUUAUGGAAAGUGUGUGUAGAGCACCAUACAUUUUUCAGACUGUUGUUACCAGAAGCACCUCCAAAGAAGUUCCUUACCUUGGGUUCCAAGUUUCGCUAUAGUGGCAGAACACAAGCCCAAACCAGAAGAGCCAGUGCAUUGAUAGAUCGCCCGGCCCCUUACUUUGAACGCUCGUCCAGCAAACGUUAUACCAUGUCUCGCAGCUUGGAUGGAGCAUCAGUGAAUGAAAACCAUGAAAUAUACAUGAAGGAUUCUGUGUCCGCUGCAGAGGUUGGUACUGGCCAGUACGUCACAACAAAGGGCAUCUCUCAGACCAACUUGAUCACCACUGUGACUCCGGAGAAGAAGGCCGAGGAGGAGCGGGACGAGGAAGAGGACAGACGGAAAAAGGCUGAGGAAGCCACGCCAGUCGCUGCUGUACGGCACGAGGGAAAGUCACCCGGGCUUGGCACUGACUCAUGUCCCCCACCCCCCCCAUCAGCCCUCCGUCCCCCUGCAUCUCCCACAGGGCUCCGCAGGAGGUGUAAGGAGAACGGGCGUCCUCCGCCAGGGGUCGAGCUGGCCAGAGAGCCCGGGCACCUGCAUGGGGAGCUCACCUCGGACUCUGACGGCCGAGGGAAGCCAUGCCUGGGGGACCACGAGGUGGCUUGUGGCUACAAACAGCAGCCGGGCAGAGGGACCACCCUGUUUUCCUUCUCCUUGCAGCUCCCCGAGUCCUUCCCCUCUCUUCUGGAUGACGAUGGCUACCUGUCUUUCCCCAACCUGUCCGAGAGCAGCCUCCUGCCCCAGAGCUUACAGCAUUACCUCCCCAUCCGCUCGCCUUCCCUGGUACCCUGCUUCCUCUUCAUCUUCUUCUUCCUGCUCUCCGCCUCCUUCUCAGUGCCAUACGCCCUCACUCUCUCCUUCCCUCUGGCUCUGUGCCUCUGCUACCUGGAGCCCAAGGCGGCCUCCUUGAGUGCCUCACUAGACAAUGACCCGAGUGACAGUUCAGAGGAAGAGACCGACAGUGAGCGCACAGACACCGCGGCUGAUGGGGAAACCACCGCCACUGAGUCGGACCAGGAGGAGGAUGCAGAGCUCAAGGCACAGGAGCUAGAUAAAACCCAAGAUGACCUGAUGAAACAUCAGACCAAUAUUAGUGAGCUGAAAAGAACCUUUUUAGAAACCUCCACAGACACUGCCAUCACAAACGAAUGGGAAAAGAGGCUUUCCACCUCCCCCGUGCGACUAGCCGCCCGGCAGGAGGAUGCGCCCAUGAUCGAGCCGCUGGUACCUGAAGAGACUAAACAGUCUUCUGGCGAAAAGCUCAUGGAUGGCUCUGAAAUCUUCAGCUUAUUAGAGUCUGCGAGAAAACCGACAGAGUUCAUAGGAGGGGUUACUUCCACUUCUCAAAGCUGGGUGCAGAAAACAGAAGCCAAGACAGAAUCUGGUGAAACGGAGACAGAAACAACCCAGCGCCCCCAGCCGCUUGCCACGGAGAAGGUUGUGCAGGAGACGGUGUUGGUGGAGGAAAGACAUGUGAUGAAUGUGCAUGCAAGUGGGGAUGCUUCUUAUGUGGCUGGAGAAGACGUGGAUGCCGCAGUGCAGGCGGCAUUUGCUGAUGCUUCUGGCGUGAAAGGGAAGGAGGGCUCUGCUCUGACUGAGGGGGCGAAGGAGGAGAAAGGAGAGGUGGCCGAGAAAGCUGUCCUCGAGCAGGAAGACGUGGCCACUGCUUCCCACGAGCCAGAGGAGGAGCACAGUGCAGCCACCCAUGUUUCUGAAACUUUGGAACAAAAACCUCAUUUUGAGUCAUCAACUGUGAAGACAGAAACUAUCAGCUUUGACAGUGUUUCACCAGGAGGAGUAAAGCUAGAAAUUUCUACCAAGGAAGUGCCGGUGGUUCACACAGAAACAAAAACCAUCACAUAUGAAUCAUCCCAGGUUGAUCUUGGUGCUGAUUUGGAGCCGGGCAUGCUCAUGAGCGCACAGACGAUCACAUCUGAAACCACCAGUACCACCACCACCACCCACAUCACCAAAACUGUGAAAGGAGGCAUUUCAGAGACGAGAAUCGAGAAGCGAAUCGUCAUCACCGGAGACGCGGACAUUGACCAUGACCAGGCUCUGGCUCAGGCAAUUAAAGAGGCCAAAGAGCAGCACCCUGACAUGUCAGUGACCAAAGUAGUGGUCCAUAAAGAGACAGAGAUCACCCCGGAAGAUGGAGAGGAUUGAGCCCAGGAAUAACCUAGGCUGCACCUGAAGCCAGUCAUGCAAACCAUUAGGAAAAACCAGAGUCUAUAUGGAGUUCCCUCUUCUAACCCACUGACUUGUAUCUGCCGGUGGACAGUUUCCAUCCAGAAGAACUGACCUUGACCAUUUAAUAACGACGCUGGCAGAGCGAUCUUCCCAUAAUAAAGCAAUCCGAAUCAGCAUCACUAAACUGAUAUUGCAUGAAGCAACGAUACAAUUACAAAACAAGCAGCAGUUUUACUUUUCACACAGUGUCUCAGUUCUCAGCUACACCUGCACGUUCAUAACCAACAAUAGAAACCGUGAUCUCAUGUAACACAUAAAACAACCCAUGCCUUUCAUAGCUGAUGACUAUUCAAGUCUAAACAAAAUUGCAGUUUCUUAGGUGACAGGUCUUUUGUUUACAGAUCGACGGAGAUGACCCUAAACUGCUAGAAGCUGUCUAGGUCUGGUGUGUCAGGUUUUUCCCAGAUUAGAUGUGCCAAUAACAGAGUUUAUUCAGUAAACAACUUGAAUCUUCUACUUGUUUCCUCUGGUUUAUUACUCUCACCCAUCAACAGUAACGACUCUCCGAUCCUCCGGAAAUAUUUAAUGCUCACAAUCCUGCUUUGUGUAAUCUAAUUUAAUUCGUUAUAAGGUAGUACUGAUUUUAGCAUAUUAACGUGAUUUCUUCCCUGUCGUCCGCUUUGGACUGUGUUCAAUCUGGAAAGCUUCCCAGAGUUCCCUAACAAGUCCUAAAUAUGUAAACUGUCAUUAUUUUGGAAAGAAAACCUGUAUUUUUGUUAGUUUACCAUAUGAUGAAAUUUCACUCCAGAAAAACCCGUUGGGCUUCUGUUGCUUUGUUUUCUUUCUUUCUUCGUUUCUUCCUCCUUGUGUUUUUUUAAUUGAUUUUUUUCUUCUUUUACUUGAAAAAAAGUGUUUUAUUUCUAAAUCUGGUCCAUAUUUACAAUCUAGUUCAGAGCCAAGCCUUAAAUUGUACAGAAUUUCCACUGUAAUUAAACUAUUUAGUGUUUAGUUAUAAAUAGCCUUCAAAAAGAUCUAUUCCCUAUUUCACUGUCAACCGCCUCGCACAGCCCAUGGUGAAUGUAUGUUUCCGCAUAGCAAAAUA